UUCUUUGAAAUUGGAAGAGUGGAGUCGACAUGGUCAAAAUUUUUCUUAAGUGUUUGUUAUUUUUUGCAAUUUUCCCAGCGUCACUAUUCCGCUUAGAGCAUAACACAAAGAUGACGAAGAAGGCGAUGGAGAGAGGAUUUAAGCUGAUUCUGGGUUCUCAGUCCAUGGCAAGAAAGCGGAUUCUGGCUAAGAUGGGAUAUGAGUACACCAUCGUGACUGCAGACAUUGAUGAGAAAGCUAUUAGGACAGACAAGCCCGAAGAUUUGGUUGUGGCUCUUGCUGGAGCCAAGGCAAUGGAGAUUAUAUCAAAAUUGGGAGGUGAAAGCCAGUUUGCACAAGAUCCUCAACCAACUCUAUUGAUUACUGCAGACACUGUUGUUGUGUACAAAGGUGUCAUUAGAGAGAAACCAACUAGCAAAGAAGAAGCUCGUGAAUUUAUCAAAGGCUAUUCUGGGUCACACGGAGGUGUUGUGGGAUCCGUUCUUGUAUGGAAUUUGAAAACUGGUGUUAGAAGAGGAGGAUGGGACAAAGCAGAGGUUUAUUUCCAUGAAAUACCAGAACGAGUCAUCGACGAACUUAUUGAUGAUGCAAUAACUUACACGGUUGCUGGAGGUGCGAUGCUGGAGCAUCCCCUCAUUUCACCAUUUGUCGAUUCCGUGGUGGGAGGAGUUGAUACUGUCAUGGGACUUUCCAAAGAACUCACAGAAAAAUUCAUCAACGAUGUGUUGUUGUAGCCCAACUCCUUUGAUUUAUGUAGGAAGGCUCCUUUUGAUUUAUGUAGGAAGGCUUAAAUUAAUACUUUAAGAUCUCUAAUCCCAUCAAUCAUUUAUAUUGUAAG